CCAAAACAAACAUCACACAAACACAAAGACAGCUUAGAUUUCAUCAUGGAUGUCGUUUGUACGGAACAUCAGAUGAGGAAACCAACGGUGGAGAUCCCUCCGAGGAAGCUUCUUUUAUCGUCCAAGAGUUUCCCGGCGUCUGAUUCUUCAUCCCCUCGUUCGCCGCGUAAACACAACUGGAACAAAAGCAACAAAAUCACAUCUGAACAUGAGGAAGACGAAGACAACAACAACAACAACAGGGAGAUUAAAGAGUAUUGUUAUGAUUCCGACUCUGAUGAUCCUUACGCAAGUGAUCAUUUCAGGAUGUUUGAAUUCAAGAUCCGACGUUGCACUCGUAGCCGAAGCCACGAUUGGACUGAUUGUCCUUUUGCUCAUCCAGGCGAGAAAGCUCGCCGUCGUGAUCCUCGUCGCUUUCAAUACUCCGGUGAGGUUUGUCCCGAGUUUCGCCGUAGUGGUGACUGUAGCCGUGGAGAUGACUGUGAGUUUGCUCAUGGUGUCUUUGAGUGUUGGCUCCACCCGAUUCGUUACCGUACUGAAGCUUGUAAAGACGGUAAACACUGCAAAAGAAAGGUUUGUUUCUUUGCCCAUUCGCCACGUCAGCUUAGGGUUCUUCCCCCUGAAAACGUUUCAGGCGGCUCAGGGUCGCCGUCUCCAGCCGCGAAGAAUCCGUGUUGCUUGUUCUGUAGCAGCUCUCCGACGAGCACUCUUUUGGGUAAUUUGUCUCAUCUCUCUCGUUCUCCGUCUCUGUCUCCACCUAUGUCUCCCGCUCACAAAGCCGCUGCUUUUUCACGGUUGAGAAACCGCGCCGCCUCCGCCGUUUCUGCCGCUGCGGCCGCUGGUUCAGUUAACUAUAAAGACGUUUUGAGCGAGCUGGUGAAUUCCUUGGAUUCGAUGAGCCUGGUGGAAGCGUUACAGGUGGGUACCUCCUCGCCGGUUACAACACCUGUUUCCGCAGCGGCUGCAGCGUUUGCCUCUUCCUGCGGUUUGAGCAAUCAGCGUCUCCAUCUCCAACAACAGCAACCAAGUAGUCCUCUGCAAUUUUCUCUUUCGCCUUCUACUCCAAGUUACCUAACCACCUCGUCUCCUGCAAACUUCUUCGGCGAUGAGUUCACUCCUCGACGGAGGCAAAUGAACAACGAUUUCACGACGGUUAGGGACAAGACAAGCUUUGAGGAUGGUUCUUGUGGUGACCCUGAUCUAGGAUGGGUCAAUGAUCUCUUGACUUGAUUGACUGACGGUGGAGAUCUGACUUGAGUUGUAAAUUUCGGUGGAAGAGUUUUAAUCACGAUUCAUUAUGAAUCAUAUGGGAAAUAACCGGUUCGUACCGGUUUGGUCAAAUUUGGAGAAGAUUGUUGUUCAAAUUUUUUUCAAGGAUUUUUGUUUUACGAAUUUCCACGAAAGCUAAUUAAGAAGUGUCUUUGUGUA